GAAAGCAAAACAUUAGGAGCUGCAUGCGAUAGCUGCUGUUCACUGAUUAAUUUUUAAAGAAAAUAAAAACAAAUCCGCUUCUAAUCAAUGGCCGCCCGUAUUGUUCAAUCGUUUUCCGGCGAUACACAGUUUCUGCUCCGGACUGCGGCCCUACAGCGCUUCACACGCAAUGGUCAUCGGUUACGUGGAAAACCGCCCGGUGUGGCGAAAACACUCGAACAGAGACUAGCAGAGGAACGCGCAGUCGAUCCAGAGGUAGCCCGAAAAAUAAACAUUGGAUUCCCACAUUUGAAACCGGCUCGAUCGGCACUGCUGAAGGAACGGCUGGCCCAUUUGAAAGCCCAGCGUGUCAAUCCCGAACUAGAGAAGGCAUCUCGUGCUCACACCUUAUCCAUCGAUCCGGAGUUGGUCAAACGUACCUGGCUUAAAACCAGUGGCCCCUUCCAUGUGCGUCGUCUGGCCGAACAUUAUGGUAUUUUUGAACAUCUCUUUGGAGCGGCCUAUUUUGUUCCGAGGGUUGAUCUACAGAUUGCCUUCCGAAACGGUGAUGCGGCGAAUCCAGUGUAUUACGGAAAUAUUGUUAAGCCAACAGAAGCAAGUCAAGAACCGGAGGUACAUUUUGAUUCUAGCUUUAACUAUAAAGAAGCUCUCGGCAGGACGGAGGCUACAAGUGACAGUAGCAGUACAUCUUGGUGGACUCUAGUUCUAACCAACCCGGAUGGACAUUUAAGUGAAGCUGAUAAGGAAUACUGUCAUUGGUUUGUAGCUAAUAUCCCAAGCAGUGACGUCUCGAAAGGUGACAGGAUUGUUCCAUAUUUGCAACCGUUUCCACCGAAAGGCACUGGCUAUCAUCGCCACGUUUUCGUGCUCUACAAACAGGAGAAAAAGCUGGACAUGGGCGAGUACAGAAUCGAAGAGGCUGAAGUGAAUUUGACGGCAAGAACGUUCAGUACGUUGGAUUUCUAUCGCAAGUACCAAGACGAUAUCACACCAGCAGGAUUGGCAUUUUUCCAAUCGGACUGGGACUCGAGCCUCAUCGGAUUCUAUCAUGACGUGUUGAAAAUGAAGCACCCUACGUUUGAGUAUGACUUCCCGAAGCCAUAUCUUCGGGAACAGGAAUGGUUCCCGCUGCGUAAACCGUUUAACCUGUAUAUGGACAAGUACCGUGAUCCGAAGCAGAUCAACAAAGAAUAUCUGGAACGAAAGCUGGCACGGACGCAUCCCUUCGAAGGUCCCGAGCCACCACUUCGUUUCCCCAAUGCCCACCCGAUACGAGAUGUUCCAUCCUGGUUGCGAACGGAAAUCAAGCGCGACCGGAGAGGAUGGGGUAGAAUCAAUGAUAUCUAGUUUGUUGUGUAAUAAGUAGAAUAAAAAGAAGCUUGUAAAUCGUU